GACUACACAGCACGACACCAGAUUGCACAUAUAUAUAAUCAUCAUCAUCGCCUCCACUUCAUCAAUCGGAUCCUGUAAGUAUCAUCUUCAUCAUUCACUUCAUGAUUCGGUAAUCUCUCAUUGACUCGAUCUGAUUGAUUUUGACUUGUUGAUUUCAUUCAAUUUCUCACUGCAUUCACCAGAUUUCGUGCCCUAAUUUCACCAAUCGCCUCCAAUUUAUGCUUCAUUAAGCCUUUUGUUCAAUUGGUGUGAUCUAUAUUCAUUCAAUUCAUUCCAUUCGUUCGCUCGUUUGUGUGUUUGUGUGUUUGUUAGGGUUACGUGUUUGUUACGUUAUGUUUGUGAUUUGUUGAUUUAAUAAUCUGAUGAGACGCCGUUCACCGGUGAAUCUUCCAGCAGAUCGUAUGGAAAAGGGGAAUAACAAAUCUCAACACUCUAGAAUCUGUGUGUUAGGGUUACUUUGUGCCUUUUUUUGGGGUGUUUUAUUGUACUUUCAUUUUGUUGUUAUUGGUGGUAGAACUUUUCAAGUUACUUCCAUUAGUUCCGAGAUUAGAACUCAUGAUCCUGUCCCAGUGAUUCGUUCGAACCCUCCGGUUGACAUCGAUCGUGUAGCGAAUGAUAAUAAACCCGAGAUUAGAGAUAUAGAUUUAGAUACACAGGAUGUAGCUGAACAGAAAUCUGAUAAUUCGGUUACAGAUCCGGUUGAAAAUUCGCAGGAUUCGGAACCGGAGGUUGUAACCGAACAGAAAUCUGAUAAUUCGGUUACAGAUCCUGUAGUUGAACAGAAAUCUGAGGAUGUUAAUAAGCCGAAAGAUUUUCCGUUUAUGAAGGCGUUGAAAACCGUAGAGAACAAAAGUGAUCCUUGUGGUGGGAGAUAUGUGUAUGUGCAUGAUCUUCCGUCGAGGUUUAACGAAGAUAUGCUUAAGCAGUGUAGGAGUCUUAGCAAGUGGACGAACAUGUGUAAGUUCACGACGAAUGCUGGACUUGGGCCUCCGUUGGAGAAUACGGAAGGUGUGUUUUCGGAUAAUGGGUGGUAUGCGACGAAUCAGUUUGCGGUGGAUGUUAUAUUUAGUAACCGGAUGAAGCAGUAUGAGUGUUUGACUAAAGAUUCUUCGCUUGCCGCGGCUAUAUUCGUCCCUUUUUAUGCCGGUUUUGAUAUCGCGAGGUUUCUUUGGGGGUAUAAUAUAUCGAUGAGAGAUGCUGCGUCUCUUGAUCUUGUCGAUUGGUUACAGAAGAGACCCGAGUGGGGAAUAAUGGGGGGUAAAGAUCAUUUUCUUGUUGCGGGUAGGAUUACGUGGGAUUUUAGGAGAUUGAGUGAAGAAGAAACCGAUUGGGGGAACAAGCUUUUGUUUUUACCGGCUGCUAAAAACAUGUCGAUGCUUGUUGUGGAAUCGAGUCCAUGGAACGCGAACGAUUUUGCGAUUCCGUAUCCAACUUAUUUUCAUCCGUCGAAAGACGCUGAAGUGUUCGCGUGGCAGGAUCGAAUGAUGAACUUGGAUAGAAAAUGGCUUUUCUGUUUCGCUGGAGCACCUCGUCCCGAUAAUCCGAAAUCGAUUAGGGGUCAGAUUAUCGAUCAAUGCAAGAAUUCGGAUGUCGGAAAGCUUUUGGAAUGCGAUCUUGGUGAAAGCAAGUGUCAUUCCCCUAGUAGUAUAAUGCAGAUGUUUCAAAGCUCGGUUUUUUGUUUACAACCACAAGGCGAUUCGUACACAAGACGAUCAGCUUUUGACUCGAUGUUAGCUGGUUGUAUCCCGGUUUUCUUUCAUCCCGGUUCUGCAUACACGCAGUACACCUGGCAUCUUCCGAAAAAUUACACAAAGUAUUCGGUUUUCAUCCCGGAAGAUGAUCUUCGUAAGAGAAAUAUCAGUAUAGAAGAAAGAUUAAGUCAAAUCCCUCCGGAUCAGGUCAAAAUGAUGAGGGAGGAAGUCAUAAAUCUGAUUCCGAGGUUAAUAUACGCAGACCCGCGGUCAAAAUUGGAUUCUCAUAAAGAUGCUUUUGAUGUAUCUGUUCAAGCGAUUAUAGACAAAGUGACGAGAAUGAGAAAAGACAUUAUUGAAGGCCGUACGAAUGAUGAUUUUAUCGAGGAGUUAAGUUGGAAGUAUGCUUUGUUAGAUGAAGGUGAAUAUGUAGGUGUUCAUGAAUGGGACCCGUUUUUCUCUAAACCAAAACCGAAUGAUGGAAACAGUGAUUCAGACGGUUCUGGUUCUUCAGCGGAAGCAGCAAAGAAUUCUUGGAAAAACGAGCAAAGACAGCACUCAUGAGUGGUUCAAAUAGCAGCAUGAAGAUGUAAUGGAGGUUAGUUAUGUUUGCUUAAAAUUAAAUGUCAGUUGAUACUUCAUAUUAGAGGUUACUUGUGGCCUGCUUAUUCAGUUAUUGAAGCCGGAAACGAGAAAUCAUAAAUUUUCCACUAAUAUAUAGUUACUUUAUUUUGUCAGAUUGUUGAUUCUUUGUAAUGAUAUUUAUAUACACAUGCUUUUACAUGAACUUUUGUUUGUCUUUUAAUAGCACUUGAAACAAAAAUGCCCAAAGGAAAAGUUUACAUUUUUA